GUGGACUCACUCCUUCACUCAGUCACUCUCCCCUAGCCAGUGACGUCCACCACUGCUAGCAUUUGCUUCCUGCCAGACCCCCUCCUCUCGGUCACGAUGAUCCGCACCCUCUGCUUGAGCUUCUUCCUCCUCCUGCUGCUGUCCCUCUCCUCUCCCGCACACGGUGAACCUAGGCGGAGCACAUCCAAUCAGCGCAGGGCGCCUCGCGCGCCCGCCGCCAAGGUGCGUUUGGCAGGCAACUUUGCGCGAGAACCUCACGAAGGGCGCGUGGAGGUGCUGCACAACAACACCUGGGGGACUGUCUGCGAUGAUGAAGUGGACAUCAAGUUGGCCAACGUGGUGUGCCGAGAGCUGGGUUUCCAGAGCGGUGUGACGUGGGCUCACAGCGCUCAGUAUGGAGAAGGAACCGGCCCAAUAUGGAUGGAUAACGUACGCUGCGACGGCUCAGAGAAGUCCUUAAAGGACUGCAAACACAACGGCUGGGGCGUGAAUGACUGUAAACACACGGAAGACUUGGGGGUGGUGUGCAACACUGAACGCAGGCCGGAUCAGACAGCCAGUCGAGGCCACACCACGUACGCCAGGCCCAAUGGAAGCCCUGCACCUCAGUGGCAGGGCAUCGUGGCCACCCGCAGGCAUCCAGGAUAUGGCUAUUAUGGAAACGGACAUCAACAAGAGAUCCCCAGGUUCCAAAGACACCACCCGGGUCCAAGUAAGGUGCGAAUCGAGGAGGUCCGUCUUCGUCCCAUCCUCAUGGCUACAAAGAGAAAGAGCCUGAUCACAGAAGGUGCGGUGGAAGUGAAGCAUGCUGGGAGAUGGAGGCAGGUUUGCGACCUUGGUUGGAGUCUCAACAGCAGCCGAGUUGUGUGUGGGAUGCUUGGCUUUCCAGAGGCUACUCAGCACAAUGUCAAAACAUACAAGAAAAUAUGGGAUACCAAGGUGGCAGAUCCUUCUACAAGAUUGAGCAUGAUGUCAAAGAAGAAGGGAUUCUGGAUAGAGAAAGUUCACUGCCAGGGGAUUGAGAACUCCCUGUCAGAGUGCCUCGCUCAGUUGUCAAUCCCCCGGAGUCCCAGUCCUUGUAAGAACGGGAGGCAUGCAGUUGUCAAGUGUGUGCCAGGUCCUCAGUUUGCUCGCAUCUCCUCUGGAAGACCCCAGGCCCCCUAUCCAGUUGUGCCUGUGCGUCUGAAGGCUGGCCCCAGACUGGGUGAGGGUCGUGUGGAGGUGCUAAGAGAUGGAAAAUGGGGGACGAUCGUGGACCACAUGUGGGACAGACCUGCAGCCAGUGUGGUGUGCAGAGAACUGGGCUUUGGCACUGCCAAGGAUGCCCUGAAUGGAGCCUUUAUGGGUCAAGGUACCGGACCUAUCCACAUAAACAGUGUACAGUGUAUGGGGAGUGAGCGCUCCAUCCUAGACUGCUACUUCCAGGAGGUUCAACCAUGGACGUUCAAACACAGCCAAGAUGCCUCAGUACGCUGUAAUGUCCCUAAGACCGGGAUGGAGAACACGGUGCGACUUAUUGGUGGCAGAGUCCCGUCAGAAGGCCGCGUUGAAGUGCUGAUGGAGAUUGGGGGUCGUAAGCGUUGGGGCUCUGUCUGUAGUGAGAACUGGGGCAUCAAUGAAGCCAUGGUGACAUGCAGACAGCUCGGCCUGGGUUUCGCUGCCAGUGCUCAUCAGGAGACCUGGUACUGGCCCGGUGACUCGAAUGCCGCUGCCACUGAUGUGAUUCUCAGUGGAACUCACUGUGUUGGCACGGAGCUUUCAAUUCAACAGUGUCGCCGCAACACCCAUCUCCACUGUCCUCGAGGAGGUGGGACUAAGGCCGCUGGGGUCAGCUGUUCAGACACGGCGCCUGACCUUGUUCUGGAUGCACAGCUGGUCCAGGAGACAGCCUACCUGGAAGACCGACCCCUCCACCUGCUGACCUGUGCCAAUGAGGAGAACUGUCUGUCCUCGUCCGCAGCCAGGAUGAACUGGCCCUAUGGCCACCGUCGCUUGCUGCGCUUCUCCUCCCGCAUCAUGAACCUGGGUCGGUCCGAUUUCAGACCCAAAGCAACAAGAGAGAGCUGGACAUGGCACCAGUGUCACAGGCACUACCACAGUAUCGAGGUGUUCACGCAUUACGACCUGCUGACUCUGAAUGGCACGAGGAUCGCAGAGGGACAUAAGGCCAGUUUCUGUCUGGAGGACACGUAUUGCCCUGAUGGACAACAGAAGCGCUUCUCCUGCUACAACAUGGGUGAUCAGGGUAUCUCAGUGGGCUGUUGGGAUACAUAUCGCCACGACAUCGACUGUCAGUGGAUUGACGUGACAGAUGUACGACCGGGAGACUACAUCUUCCAGGUGGAAGUCAACCCUGCAAUGGACAUGGCUGAGUCUGACUUCAUGAACAACGUCAUGAGAUGUCGGUGCAAAUACGAUGGCCAGAGAGUGUACAUGUAUGGAUGUCAUGCAGGCGAUGCAUACAGCGCAGAGAUUGAGGACCUGUUUGAGCACCAGAGGCAAAUCACCAACAACUUUGUUUAGCCUGUCCUAGGGGGCCGGAGUCUACUCAGGGUGGGAAGAGGUCGAUGGCCCAAAGCCCUUGAGACCUCAGGACCCACAAAAAACAGACAACACACACAAUGGGGGCUGUUCACCUACUUGGCAGAUGUGGAGGAAAAUAAUUAUAACACAUCAUAUCACAGCAGCAACCAUUGCAGAGACUCCAUUGUCAACCAGUGUGGGACAGGUGCCAAACAGCUCGACAUGUUUUUUUACUCUAUUUUGGUAAGAAGAUACUGGAUAAUGAUUCUAAAUAUACAGAAUAGUGUGAAUGUGGAUGGCUUGGAACUUUAGUAAGUCAUUCAAAGCGUUUGAUGUGAAAAACUAAAACUAUUCAAAGACAAUUUGGAAGACAGUGCUAUUGGUAAAACUCAUUUACAAUGUAGAAAAAAGAAAAAAAGUAGUAUUGAAUUUUGUAACACUCACUCUUUUACAUUACUUCAAUAUUGGUGCUCUAAACAUUACUGUAUGUCUUUACAUGAACCUCACUUCCUUUCAACUUAAAAUUAAUCUUGGCUAGUUAUCUUUUACAGUUCAUUAGGUAUUUUACAAUUGCUUUGGCUUUAACAAGAUCAUUGUUUUAUAAAAGUGUAGUAGUGCUACAACGUUUGACUUCCUGUCUAAAAUAGGUAAGAGGUUGUCAAAUGAUUUUAUGGAACAAAGCACUUUAUCUUUUCAACAUCAGUAUUCUAGUUUUGCCCUCAUGCUGUUGCCACCAAAACGACUUUAUCGUGUUAUACAUUUCAAAACGUGAAAUAUUAUGUUUGUUUUUAGUUUUCAUAUACAAUGUAGUAUUUAUGCCGAAACUUUAUUUAUUCACGGAUUCACACAUACACAGCAUGCUCAGUAAAGAGAUUUUUAGUUUACGCAUAAUUAACAGAACUGAUUUUUGUACUUGUGUAAUUAACCAUAGACACCAUGUUAUUAUAUUGUCCCAUGAUGCAGAUUUAAAAAAUGUUUUAUUUUAGUUAAACAACUGUAACUGUACAGUUUCUUCUCUCCCAUCCUUUCCGCUGGGAGGGAAACUGGCCUGACACAACCACAGUAUUGUGGCAGGCAGGCAGGCAGGCUGGGUUUUGAGAGCAUAUAAAAAACCUUCUAAUUACAUCUGUUUAGGUUAGACAUAAGGUUACGGUUAAGGUUAGGGAUAUAGCAUGUGCUUUAUCAAGAAACACGGUGGAAUAGUUUCUUAUGCAAUCACAGAAAGAGCGAGAAUCUUUACACAAAGAGAGAUUUACUGAGGGACACAGUGAUUGUAAGACAGACUGAGAAAGUAAGACAGAAAGAGAGAAAGGGAUGAAGUUUGGAGAAAGACUUAUGCAGAAAGACACUUUUUACUAGCAGAGCUGCCUUUUUGUAGGCAGCCAUACGAAGACCACAAUCUGGCAUAUUCAGCUCCCCAACGAGAACAACAUGUUUGUCUGGGAGAAAAAAGAAACACUUCAACACAGUAAACAGUGGGCUUAUUUUGUACUAAAGCUGGGCCUUCUGAAAUAUACUGCAUAUACUACAUUUCUACAUUACUACAUUCAGCAAACUAUGAUGCUACUUUUUUACAACAUGGAACUUUUGUUAAUCAUGUUGUUUUACCCCAUUACUGUGUUUGAUGUGUAUGGCUUUUAGUCUUAGUGGUUAAAUCUGGUAAGAUGGUUUUCUAAUGGCCAGUUUCCAGGGCUCGUAGUGGAAAGGAUAAGUCACUCAUAAAAACAAAUGCAGACUUAAUUAAUUUCCUAAGUACCGUGUUUUCCCCUCACUGGGCCUUUAUUAUUUGGACUUCAUGGAAGGCUUGGAGAGAAAGCUUUUUGGAUAACCUUUAACAAGGUCUUCCAUACAACAAAACUGUUUGAAAUGCUAAAGAAAGCAUAUGGACGUAAAAGUCUGUGUGUUUGCUGAUGUGCUCUUUUGUUAUGUCGUGCUUGUGUACAUUUUAUAUUGACUUAUUAUGGUCUGUUCUGUGUUAUUUAAAAUUAUAUGCCAUUCCAUAUUUUAAGUUGGUUCAUAUUCACCACUCUCAUCAUAUUACUGUAUUGUACCCAUGCUAUAUGCAUAGCACUGGGACAUGUUUUCCAUGGCCAGUAAUGCUUAUAUGUCUUUAAAGCUGAGAGUGUGAGCUACGGGGUGCUUACCUACGAUCAUAUUCAUGGAAAGCUGUACUCUCAGGGACUUAAACCUCAUCUAAAGAGAACAAAUAACAUUUCAUGUGAUGUGAUUCAGGUUGCUUUAGCUGUGAUGCAUGGACUCAUACAGAAAGUAAUGUGUGCUUGCAUGUUUGUGGAGGAUAACUUUUUGAUAGACACUGGCUGAGUCAGGAGCAAAUUUCAGUUAAAGCCCAAAUCACAAUUUAUCCAUUCAUCAUUACUGUGAAUCAAUAAAACUUCAUGACAUACUAA